AUGGAACUGGCUUUCUCCUCUGCUUCUAUCAAAUGCUAUGUGGCAUACUUCAUCACAGCAUGCAUAUUGGACUUUGAGAGGGCCAUUGCCCUUGUAGUCCUCACCAGUUUGGCAAUUGUCUCCAAAGCCUAUGACCUUGUGAAGACAUACCAUGGAAAUAGCAUAACCAAAUGUUUCAUACCAGCUCAAAGAUGCUACAACAAUUUCCGGGGAUGGAUAAUAGGAGUUUUCGUUGUUGCGGUGCUGGUCCUGCUAGUGACUUGGCUCGUUGUGGACACAAGCAAGCGACCAGAGCAGCUCAUCUCAUUUGGAGGGGUCUGCAUGUUCAUUCUAGUCAUUUUCAUCUUCUCAGCCCACAGGACAGAGGUGGCAUGGAGGUCAGUUUUUUGGGGUCUUGGUUUACAAUUCUGUAUUGGACUGUUUGUCAUAAGGACAGAGCCAGGACUCACAGCCUUCCAAUGGCUUGGAGAGCAAGUGCAGAUAUUCUUGAACUACACAAAACACGGGUCAUCAUUUGUUUUUGGACCACUAGUAUCUGACAUCUUCGCAUUUCAGGCUUUGCCCAUUGUGAUAUUCUUCAGCAGUGUGAUGUCAGUUCUUUAUUUCCUUGGAAUAAUGCAAUGGCUCAUCAUUAAGAUCGCAUGGGUAAUGCAGAUAACGAUGGGAACCUCACCCACUGAGACCUUGAGUGUUGCAGGCAACAUAUUUGUUGGACAGACUGAAGCGCCAUUGCUGAUUCGCCCCUAUUUGAUGGACAUGACCAAAUCUGAAGUGCAUGCUGUCAUGGUUGGAGGCUUUGCCACCAUUGCAGGAAGUGUGAUGGGUGCAUUCAUCUCAUUUGGGAUUGAUGCAUCCUCUAUGAUAUCUGCCUCUGCAAUGGCUGCCCCAUGUGCCUUGGCAAUCUCCAAGCUGUCCUAUCCAGAGACAGAAGAGAAAACAUUUACAUCAGAGGAAAAUAUCAAGGUGGCUUGUGGGUAUGUGUUUUUGUGUUUUGUGUUUGUGUGUAUGUGUUUGCCAUUUACCGAUUUUUUACAUUCCCCUGCAUUUUGUUGUAUAUAUAAUAUACUUUCUGUGGUUCAUAUUAGGCUGUCUUAACUCCCCAGUGAUGAACAGAACAUUUUGGAAGCAGCUAGCAGUGGAGCAUCUACAUCAAUAGGCCUUGUUGCUAAUAUAGCUGCCGACUUGAUAGCAUUCCUUGCGAUACUGGCAUUCAUCAAUGCAUCUCUUGGCUGGCUGGGAGGCCUGGUGGGAUUUCCCUCUAUCACAUUUGAGGUAUGCUCCAGGCAGCUCCACAUACCUUAAUCCCAUUUCACAUUCAAAGAUCCUUCUGUCUUGACUUGACACCCAUGACUAACCCAGUACUUCGUGAUGAGUGAUGGACAUGCUUUGGCAUUUUUUUUAUUUAACAGCGUGUGAUGCAUGGCUGAAUAAUUGUGCACAUCACAAAAUAAGAUAAGAUAAUUAUUUCAUUGUGCCUUGGUAAAAUGUCCAAAUCAUCGAAAUGUGUAAAAUAAUUCAGAUGAGAAUAUCUGGGGUUCGUUCCUUGUUCCUUGUCAUUGGCUCAUUGGUGAAAUUAGCAUUAUGACAAUAGCUUUAAUUAAAUCAUUCAAAAUACUUUAUUAAUGCAAUUGCAGACAGAAGUUGACAACAGAUGCAUAUUACGCACGUUCCUGAGUAAGUUCUGCAAAAUAGAAAAGGUCCCAAGUUAUUUUAUUAAACCCAAAGUCCAUCCCUAGUGAUUUCACUGCAUACGUCGUUACGUUCUACUCAUCAGACCAGGCUCAUGCAUACACAGCUUUAUAAACUUGCAAGAGAGAUACAAUAGUUCCAGUGUUUUCUAAGGCCUAGGCAGUAAAUGUCCACUCCACAAGUUGAUUAAUUGUGGAAUGUCUGACUUGUGUCUUAUCUCUUACACUCCCCUGCAGUGUUUUGUCUCAGUCACACAUGUCUCAAAAUGUUUCUUUAUAAGAUAUCUAUAUCUAUAUCUAUCCUACCCUGCCUUUCUAAGGUCUUCGAAAGCCAAGUCAACAAAUAGAUUACCGACCAUUUCGAAU